AUGUCGACCCGUCAGUCUCUCGCAGUGUUGGCCAUCCUGAUCGCUGGGGUGUCCUUUCUCUGGUCUCCACAGAAAUGCAGGACUUAUCCUGGCGAUCCUAGUUGGCCUGAACCUCACGUCUGGGAUGAACUGAAUAAGACUGUCGAUGGUCUUUUGAUUCGUUCGAGACCGGUCGCGAUUGCGUGUCACCAUCCACACUUUGACGAAGAACAGUGCAACGAAGUCAGGAAGCAGUGGCAUUCACCACAAUAUCUCGAGAAGAGCUCGUCAGCCAUUCAGACGCCCUUGUUUGCGAACAAGAGCUGUGAUCCUUUCACCGAGCCUGACGCUCCGUGUGCAAUCGGCAAUUAUGUCGCAUACUCGGUCAAAGUUGCUUCACCAACGCAUGUCAUUUCCACGGUCAAGUUUGCUAAGGAACAUAAUUUGCGUUUCGUAGUGAGAAAUACUGGACACGAUUACAUGGGCAAGUCCACCGGCUCCCAGGCAUUGGCAGUGUGGAUGGGCCACCUCCGUCUCACCGAAUGGUUUGAUGACUACGAGGGAAGUAACUACAGGGGGCCAGCAGUCAAAAUGCAAGCUGGUGUCCCCGUUGAGCAAACGUAUGAGGAAGCGAAUACCCGAGGGCUGGUCGUGGUCAGUGGUGUCUGUCCGACGGUGGGCUUUAGCGGCGGGUAUAUCCAGGGGGGCGGACAUGGGCCAUUUGGGUCCUUGUACGGACUUGCAGCUGACCAGACGUUGUCCAUGGAGGUCAUCACAACUACUGGUGAAUUCGUCAGGGCCUCCCCAACUGAGAAUUCUGACCUUUUCUGGGCAAUGAGCGGCGGUGGAGGUGGGACAUACGGAAUCCUUUGGACAGUUACAGUGAAAGCAUUCCCAGAUAUUCCCAUUGCUGGCGGUCGCAUCGGCUUCUCCAAGUCAGACAAGAUAUCCGACGACACCUGGUGGGAAGCGAUUGAUUUCUACCAGGCCAUGACGCCCUCCUUCACCGACAUCGGCGCAACGAGUUUCGCCUUCUACUCCAAUGAAAAGUUCGACCUCCCCGCAGUCUUCCUUCCAAACGGCACCUCCCGCUCUAUCAUAACGCUCCUACAACCCUUCGUCGACAAACUGUCUUCCCUGCGGAUCCCCCACAAGGUGGAUUACAAGACGUAUCCGGAUUUCCUCCCCGCAUAUAAAGAGCUGUGGCCUUCUGAGUUGUUUGGAGUUGGGUUAUUUUACUUUGGGAAUCGGUUGUUGCCUAGGGAGCUGUGGGAUAACCGGGAUGGAGUUGAAGGGAAGAAGUUCAAGCAGUUGACGAAGGCGGUUAGGGAGAUGGUGGAAGACGGCGCUGGGGCAUUCGAUAUUGCGAUUCGGCCGACAUUGAAAGUCGCUGGCAACCCGGACAAUGCGGUGCAUCCUGCAUGGCGAGAGGCUGAACGUGCCUUCGGUAUCCAGUUGUUGUGGAACGACCUCGACGACUGGCCUGCCAUACAAGGAAAGCUGAACAAGAUAACCGCAUACGUUGGUCUACUGAGGGAACUGACGCCUGGUGGUGGCGCUUACUUGAACGAGGCUGACCCGUACGAGCCCAACUGGCAACAGGCGUUCUAUGGCUCCCACUAUAACAAGCUACUGGCCAUUAAAGACAAGUGGGAUCCUGAUCAGAUGCUGUAUGGCGCGACGGCUGUCGGUGGCGAUCGAUGGUCCGAAAAGGACGACGGGAGGUUGUGUCCUGCUCAGUCUGGCGUGCAGUGGUUUUUGUCUGAGGCUUUCGAACGCGGCCGUGGCGCCCUUGCAUCAUUCUUACCUUCCUUGUAA